AUGAUGUUUCCCGCUUACGCAUUUAGUGCUGCAGCACCAUCCACAGCUUGGCCAGCGUUGCUACCACCACUUCAACCUAUACCGCCACACAGUUCCACUCGAAAUGAUACGAGUCCUGAUUGUGCAAAUGCUCGAAAAGUUCACGAACGAAACUGUUUUGUCUACUUAACACCGUAUCUGGGUCUUGCUGUCGAUGACAGGAACAAACGGAAGCAACGUCGUAAUCGAACAACAUUCAACCAGCAACAACUAAACGAACUUGAAGCAGCUUUUCACAAAUCGCAUUAUCCUGACGUGUUCGCACGCGAAGAGCUUGCUAUGAAGAUAAAUUUACCAGAAGCCAGAGUACAGGUGUGGUUUCAAAAUCGUCGAGCAAAGUGGCGAAAAAUAGAACGUGAUGAUCAGAAAUUGAAUCACUGCAAUGGUCAACAUGGAAGUGUUGUAUCUAGUGUACGGCUCAGCGAAUCACAUCUGUUCUCGGCACUAGCUUCACCACCCUCUUCACUGUCAACAGCUUUAAGCCAGUUCUGCUCCAUCAGAACAUUAACACGACCAUAG